AUGCCUUCAUCCGCUCCCCUCAUCCGAUCAAAAUUGAAUGGUCCCCAUGACCAAAAUGGUCACAAUGCCCACAAUGCCCACAAGCCGGAGAUCCCCAUCAGCUACGACAUCAACAUCCCCUACGUCGACGUCGACAAACUCUCCAAGAUCAAAACACCCUACCCUCAAUACUUGCCCUCCUGGGAUCCCGUCUGGUACGAUCCUCUACCACCCUUUGACUACUCCGAUCCCGCUCUGCGCGUCAAGGAUCAAUCCAUGCGUAAUCUUCUCACUCCCAACGUCACUGUCAACCAUAUCCAACCUAGCAUCGGUUCCGUGGUGACCGGCGUGCAACUCAAUCGCCUCUCGGACGCCGCCAAGGACGAGCUCGCCCUGCUCAUCUCCCAGCGCAAAGUCGUUGCCUUUCCCGAUCAGGAUCUCAUAGAUGACGGCCCUGCCGCCCAAGAGUCCUUCAUGCGGUACUUUGGAAAACCGAACUACCAGCCCGUCUCGGGCACCGUGCGCGGCCAUCCCGGGUUCCACGUUAUUCAUCGUGAUGGCAAUCGCGAGGAAAUCGCUCGUUUCCUCGAACAGCGCACGACUACCACCCUCUGGCAUCAGGAUGUCAGUUAUGAGAUCCAACCGCCCGGGUAUGUCAUGCUGGGUUUGUUGCAGGGACCCGAGGUGGGCGGUGAUACCGUCUUUUCCGCGACGGACAUGGCCUACAAGCGCUUGUCGCCCACCUUGCGAUCCUUCUUGGACACGUUGAAAUGCGUGCACACCUCAUCCAAGAUGAUUGCACACACGCGCCUGACGGGCGGGCUGGUGCGGAAGGAUCCGGUGGACACGGUCCAUCCGCUGGUGAGAGUGCAUCCGGUGACGGGCGAAAAGUGUCUGUUUGUCAAUGCCGAGUUCAUCACCAAGAUCCAGGGCAUGAAGGAGCCCGAGUUCAAGUGGAUGAUUGAUUUCUUGAUGAACCAUGUGGUCACUGGCCAUGAUUUCCAGGCCAGAGUCCGAUGGCAACCAAGGACGGUUGUCAUGUUUGAUAAUCGUUCAACGACUCACUCUGCCAUCGUCGACUAUCUCGACGACGAGUACGGUGCCAAAGCCCGGCAUAUCUUCCGACUUUGUGCCUUGGGCGAGAAGCCCAUCCCAGUCUAUGACGAGUUCGAGUGA